AUGGAAGACAGAGACGCGGAACUGGAGAAGGGGUCGGCGGCCACCGGUUCCGUCUCCUCCUCUAACUCUAAUCGAGAUCGACGUAAAUAUCAACACCAGAAGGGAGUGCCAGAUGUGGACAUUAUCUUCGGAAACAAUGUCGCCUUCACUGACUAUAAUGAGCCCAAAGAGGAACCGAUUGAUACUCCGACCAUAAACUUCAUGAUAAUGACCAGAACUAAAGGCAAUAAAUCGGUGCUCAGGACUGUUGACGUUCCGCUCGAUUCAGAACUCGUGGUCUCUCUGAAGGCCAGAGAAGAGGCCGAAAAGGCAGAGAAGAAGAAUAUUAAACGACUGAUUCUUGACAUCAAUGAGAGACGAGAAAUGGAAGACAGAGACGCGGAACUGGAGAAGGGGUCGGCGGCCACCGGUUCCGUCUCCUCCUCGAACACUAAUCGAGAUCGACGUAAAUAUCAACACCAGAAGGGAGUGCCAGAUGCCAAAUAUUUGGCGCAAAUGGUGUUAUUGGGGGCCCAAGUGGUCGGUCGCGCCUUCACUCGUGCCCUCCGACAAGAGUUCGCCGCGAGCCAAACGGCGGCCAAUCAGCGACGCGCUAACAACGGAUCCAAUGAUAGGGGUAUUAAUGCCAAACUGGGGAUGAGUUUACAAGAAGCGCAGCAAAUACUGAAUGUGGACAACAAGAAGUUGACUGAAUUGGACGCCGAGACUGUACUCAAGAGUUAUAACCAUUUGUUUGAUGUGAACGACAAAUCGAAAGGCGGAUCCUUUUAUUUGCAAUCAAAGAAAUGCGGUCAAAACUGGACACAAAUGGACUCUUUGUGGCAAUCACUUGACUAUUGCCACUCAUUUCAAACUUUGUCACCAAUUCGUGGCAAUCGAUUCCUCCGACCGAAGAGUUUUGUGCCAAUUAUUAACGCAAAUGGUUUUCACUCGACUAAAGACUCGAGUGAUAUGUUUGAAGAGGCAUUGAGUGAACAAAAUAUUCAAAACUGUAUUAAAGUGUUGAAAGACGUGGCAGUGAUUCGGCCGAAGAAGGGCUUCUCAAUCGGUCGAAACCGUAACCAAAACAGGGCCGCAGUUUUGGUUCCUUUCUGUCGGUCAGAGGACAGGGAGCCGAGUGUUCUGUUCACUCAACGGUCCACUAGUCUGAGUCAACACAGAGGAGAGGUUUGCUUUCCCGGCGGUGUCGAGGAAGACAUUGACGACAAUCAAGUGAUUCGUACGGCUGUCAGGGAAUCAGUCGAAGAGCUCGGAAUCGAUGAGAAACGGGUCAUUACUUACGGCGUUCUGAAUCCGAUUCCCGCGGCUAACGGCACUGCCGUUCAUCCGGUCUUAGGAUUUAUUGAUUUAUCAAAUUUUGAGUUAAACUCCGGUAUAAACAAAGACGAAGUCGAGAGCGUAUUCGUAGUGCCCCUCAAACGACUGGUCGAUGAGAACAACUGGAAGUUCACUCAUUGGAAGGCCGGUUGGAUUACACCCGUCUAUAUCGAUAGCAAUCGACUGAAUCCCAGAAUCUGGGGAUUGACUUCUUCUAUACUAUAUAUGGUUUUAUCAGCUCUUUUGCCGAAUGUCUUUCAAUACAACUCAAAGUUUUUAAGAUUCCGAACCAAAAGUCCCUUAAAUUAAACACAAAUUGUUAUUUUAGUCAAAGAAUUCUCAAUUUAUUUUUAUAUAAACUGUUUUAUUUAUAAGAAUUGUCUGUUUUUAUAUGGAUUUAUAGGUCGUUAGAGCUAAGGAACGGAUUGAAGAAGAAAUGAAAGUAAAUUUGAACGAAACGAAUGGAAAAGAGAGUCAAGAGAGACAAUCUCAACAAAACUAAGACCUCGUAUCAUAUAGUGUGGUGUUAUUAGACUUAUUGUUAAAUCAUUUAUAUAAUUAUUUUGGAAUUUUAGUAAUGCAUUAAUUCUGUAGUCAUAUAUCAUACAAAUAUUGUGUAAUUUUCGUAUAAAUAUUAUAAAGUGCUAAGAAUUGACUGAUCACUCCUUAAGUAAAUAUUUGAUUAUUAAUGAAAAAAA